AAGUCUGUGACUUUCACAACUGCCAAAAAAAUAAUCAGCAGAAGAAGAGAAAGAAGCGAUGACGAAGAAGAAGACGACGACGCCGGAAAUCGCCAUUUUAUAGUUAGACGGAGCAGAAAAGAAGGAUCGAGAAACGUUACUAAAGGUGAGCCAAGAUGGGGAAUUUUGCUAGUCUGUUUAAGGGAUUGUUUGGCAAAAAAGAGAUGAGGAUCCUGAUGGUAGGACUGGACGCUGCUGGAAAAACCACUAUACUGUACAAGCUCAAACUGGGAGAAAUUGUUACCACCAUCCCCACCAUCGGUUUUAAUGUUGAAACUGUGGAGUUCAAGAACAUCAGUUUUACUGUGUGGGACGUCGGUGGUCAAGACAAGAUCCGGCCACUGUGGAGGCAUUACUUUCAAAACACCCAAGGACUUAUCUUUGUAGUGGACAGUAAUGACAGAGAGCGAAUCGGUGAGGCGAAGGAAGAACUGAUGCGGAUGCUGGCUGAGGAUGAGCUGAGGGAUGCCGUGCUACUUGUGUUCGCCAACAAACAGGACCUGCCCAACGCUAUGAACGCUGCUGAGAUUACAGACAAGCUGGCCCUGCACUCGCUGCGUCACCGUAACUGGUAUAUCCAGGCCACAUGCGCCACUAGUGGGGAUGGUCUCUAUGAGGGUCUGGACUGGCUUUCAAGCCAGCUGAAGAAUGCAAAAUGAUCAAUCACCCCCCUCCUGUCCGUCUUUUCAGCCGGCAGUGUAAUGGGAGGCCGCACUGGUACUCUGGUGUCACUUGCCUCUUUUCUUUACUCUUUUUCUGAAGCGUUGUACCUUUGGCCAGUGCUCCCCUCCAUUAGUGUACUGUAUGGGUGUGUUUGGAUGAGUAUUUUCAGAUGCAUGGAUGAAGGAAUGCGUGCGUGUACGAGUGUGUGAGCCAAGUGGGAGCAGCCCUGCUGUGCCUUGAACACAGUAACUCUCGAAGGCCUCCUCCCUCCAGUGUGAGCACAUCCAAAGACAGUGGUUUCCACGAAGCAAAGAACUGGGUGGUGCCUCCCGAGUCAUCUCUCAACAAUGGCCACGUCAAUUUUUUUUUUCUCAUCUGCCAAUGACAUCAGCACCUUUUUGUCUACAGCCAGCACCAAACAGAAACAGCACCACUGUUUCCUGUUUCUUGAUUAUUUGACAUUUAGAGCAAACCCUGAAUGUUUGCUGAUUUGGCAUCUGCUCCAGAUGUUUGAAUAGAAGUGGAAUUAAAUCCUAAAUUCACUCCCAAUGGAACUAAAAAUUCUGACAAUAAUAUUUAUUUUUAUUAGCCUUUUAGGAUAAGGUGCAUUAUUUCCAGCCCAUUCCAUAUUUUUGACAUCUCUUACAUGUGGUGGUGUUUUGAGUGUAACUGCAAGUCAACUGGAACAACAAGGCCUUUUUAGUGUUGCUCCCACACUGGCUUUAUUUUACUGGUAGUCUUAUUGUCUUGUAUUUGGGGGUGGGGCCUGUUUUUUUUUUUUUAUUGUUUGUAUUUUGUUACUGUUAAUGCACGUAUGACCCGGUUUACUUUAGCAUGAGCUGUCGUGCCAGGUGUGCAGCCUUAUGAUUUAAAAAGCUUUUGGGACCAAUUGGUUGGUUUUAGAAUGGGUUCAUUGUGUUGGAGUGAGUUUUGUGCUCGUCUGCAUAGCGUGACGUUGGCCCCCUCCUGUGAGGACACACAUGCUCUUAACUAGUUCGCCAUACGCAGUACAGUCGAAUGGGAAGCCUUCGCUCCAGCCCGUCGCGUGACUCAGCACUGUAAACGCCUCGUCAUGCUUCGGGCUUCGUGGUGUUCUCCCUGCGUCUCUUCAGGGCACUUCCCCUACUGUUAUUUACAACAUACGCCUCGCAACCUCAUCAGCUUGCACAACACAGGCCUGUCUGAAGAUACGACAACCAACCCCAGUGCUCUACACCAGCAGAUGGUCGAAUGUUACACCGGUUAGUAACGCAGGACUUCCCCCACACGCCUGUUGAUCCCAAAUGGCCCCUCAUUAACAGGAUGAUACUGAACAGCGCACGCCAAUUGAGUGAAGGUGACUUUAAGGUCAUAUCACACUGACCUCCAAAGGGAAAUGACUUUUCCCAUUUUUGAUUUUUCUUUACCAACUGGAUAUUUUCUUAGAUUUAGUAACCGAAUGACUAAUCCCUUGGGCUUUCUUUGUCCUUAUGUUAUCUUAGCUCCUAUACGUCCGUAGGGUUCAUAGGAUACGUUACAUAAUUAAGUAUACGGCAAGAAAUACAAAUGUAUAUAAUGUGUAAGAAAAUGUAUUUUAACGUGACACCAUCCACUUACCCUUGUUCAGAUGUGAAGCUUUAAUUUUCAGGAUGCUUUCUGUACAAAUGACAAGGUAUGUGCAUGUGGAUUUCUUAAGUACCUUUACGCUUUUAUUUUUAAGCUCAUCUUGUAACAUCUGAUAAAUGCACUGUAAUAAAAAGAGAUCUAUUGUACGUGGGCUUUUGAUUAAAGCGUCUUUAAAACGAAUGUAAAGGUACUGAAUAAACCAAAUCCUCCAUACGUA